AUUAUAUUCAUUUACUUCCUAAUUAAGAUUAGUCUAUUGUAUAUACCCUAUGAAGUUCAACAAUCUUCAUCAACUUGUAAAGAAUAAUUAAACAAUCGAAUUGACCAAUCAGAUACAAUAAUUUUGAGAAGUUAUUUCCACCAAUUCAAAUGAAGUCAAUGAUAACUCAUUAGGAAAUUGUAUAUAAAUAGCUAAUAUUGUUUUUUUUUUUAAAAAAAAGAAAAAGAAAUACUAGUUCACAUCUAUUUCAUCAUAAUUAUCCAACUGUCAAUUGUAGAUAUAUUUAAAAUACAUUUCAAUAUUGAUAAUAAUAACUGGUUAUUCAUUAUAAAAAGAAAAAAAGAAAGAAGAAACAACUCAUGAAUCCAUCUAUAUACUAUAACAAGUGACCUUUCAUUCAUUAGAUUUGUAUUAAAAGUGAGAUUAUCAACAAGGAAUUACUAAACCUCCACCCACCCCCUUUCAAUUAACACAUAAUACAUUUUAUAUAUUUUUUUUAAAUUUUAUACAUAAGUAACAUACAACAAAUAAAAAGUAUUAUGUAAUAUAAAAUGCCUCAUAAACCAAGAAUACAAAUCGGAAUUUCAUGCAGAAAUAUACCCAAAUUACUCAAAGCAUCAUAUGCCAAAUUUUCAGUAUCAUAUGGUGGUUAUCUACACGAAAAACAUGUAACUGAAACUGAACUUGUUUAUAAUAAUCUUUCACCAAAUUAUACUACACGUCUUAAUUUAGAAUAUUGUUUUGAAGAGAAACAAAUUAUAACAACAGAAAUAUUUGAAUGUGAACGUGAAGAUCGAGAGAAUUCGGUUCUUCUCGGUUAUAUACAAUGUACUGUUGGCCGUGUAAUCCAUAGUGGUGGUGAACUAAUUUUACCAAUAACAUGGAAUGAAGAUAUUCAAGUUGAUCGAAAUACAUCAACAGAGGUGGUCGUUUGUAUUCGAGAAGAUCCUUUUUCCAAAGAAAAUAUUUUUAUUAAAAUGAAUGGAGCAAAUUUGGAUAAAAAAGAUUUUUUCGGUAAAUCAGAUCCAUAUGUAAUUAUUUAUCGAAGAAAUGAAAGAGGAAAAUUACAAAAAUGUUACCGAAGUGAAGUGAUCAAGAAUACAUUAUUUCCAGACUGGAAACCAAUACUUAUAUGUUUAGAUAGAUUAUGUGGAGGGAAUAUUGACUGUGAAUUAUAUUUUCGAUGCUUUGAUUGGGAUGGAGCCGUAGGUGAUUCUGAAGAUGUUGAUACAGAAAUUGAUGAUCUAAUUGGUGAAUUUAAUACAACUGUUAGUCGUUUGUUGAACAGUAAUGAAAAUGGAAUUGAAUUUCAGUUGAUUAAUAUGCCGAAGAAAAAACGAAAAAAAUGUUAUCAGAAUUCUGGUCUACUUACUGUAAAAUUAUAUUUUGCUCAAUCGAAAUUUUCAUUUCUCGAUUAUAUAUUUGGCGGUCUAAGCAUAAAUGUAGUUGUAGCUGUCGAUAUGUCAACUCAUGCUUCAAUGAAUUCAAUAACAAAUACACCUAGUCAACAAAUAGAAUUAUCUCAAUCACAUACAGAAUAUGAAGUUGCUAUACAAGCUGUAAUGGAAAUACUUCAAGAAUAUGACAGUGAUCAACUAUUUCCUGCUUUUGGAUUCGGUGCAAAAGUUUCAUCAGGUGGUAAACUAUCUCAUAGAUAUCCAUUAAAUGGGGAUGUAAACAAUUGUUAUUGUAAGGGUAUGGUAGGAGUACUUUCAGCCUAUAGGCGUUGUUUAACUGAUUUAUAUUCAUCUGGUCCAAUAUUGUUUUCACCAAUUAUUCGAGAAGUUAGCGAAGCAGCUAAACGAAGUGAAGCAGCUGAUAAUUAUUAUGUUCUAUUAAUAUUAACUAAUGGUACUGUAGAUGAUUGGAUUGAAACUAAAAAAUCUGUCAUUGAAACUUCAUUUCUUCCCAUAUCUAUCAUUGUACUCGGUGUUGGUGGCGGAAAAUUUUCAGAAAUGGAAAUUUUGGAUCAAGAUUUUGGUUUGUUGAAAGUUGGUCAAGAACAAGCUUGUAGAGAUAAUGUACAAUUUGUACAAAUGAGACGAUUUUUACGAUUAGCAGCUGAUGGAUCAGAUAGUAUACGUUGGAGUAAAGUAGCAUUAGCCAAAGAAGUAUUAGCUGAACUACCUUCACAAAUUUUGGAAUAUUUAGACAAAAAUCAUCUUAGUCCACAACAUCUUGUACCUAGACAAGCAGAAAAACUCAGUGAUUUAACAAAUCCUGAUUGGUGGCGACGAUUCACUCAACCAUUAUCUGAAAAUCAACCUGAACCAUCUGAAGAUGAAAAUGAUGCUUUACAACGUUUACAAUUAAUUGAUAAAAAUAAUCAACCAACAACAUCAUCAUCAUCAAAUUCACCAAUUAGUUCAACAUCUUCUGAUCAAUAUUAUUGUAAAUCUGGACAAAUAUUUAAUUUAACUGAUAAUAAUAAUAAUUCUACAUUAAAUGAAAUGAAAAGUUAUUCUAUGAAUCAAUCAUCACCUAAAAAAACUCAAAUACCAUUAUAUCGUCAAAUGUCAUUAGGUACAACAAAAUUAUCAGAGAAUUAUCCAACUAAAACACGUUUUCGACGAUUACCAAGUGGUUUAGAUACAAAUAAUAAUACAAAUCGAGUUACACCAAAUCGAUCAAAUAACAAUAUUAAUACUGGUACUGGUAAUAGUUCAAAGUAAAGAAAAAAAAUAGAAGAAAAAAAGAAGAGAGAUCAUACAAUGUAAUAUAUAUAUAUAUAAGUUCUCUUCUUACUUAUUUUUGUUGCUAACCAACAUCAUUAUAAAGCAAAAAUGAAAAAAAAUUGAUUGAUUGAAAUGGGUUGAUUUUUUUUCUCUAUUUUUGUGAAAGAAUAAAUAAAUCAAUAAAGAUAAACAAUUUUAUUCUUGUCUUAUUUUAAUUAAAGAAUUAAUCAUUGUAAAUGUAAACAAUACAAUUAGAUUAAUAAUAAUAAUAAAUAAGCCUAACAGAUAACAUUUGUAUGAUAAUGAACUCUUUAAAGUGCCUCAUUGACAUUUUUUUCUUUCAUUUUGAUAAACUAACUCAUUAAACACAUAGAUGAUAGUAAUUUACUACUGAUUAAUUUAAAAGUAGAUUAAGUAAAAAUUAAAUAAAAAAUAAUUGUAAUCAUUAUGUAUUUCAUCACAUCUUUUUUUUACAUAUAACAAAUGAUGGACACUUCUAUUGACAUAUAUACAUAAUAUAAUAUGAAUAUAUUUUAUAUAAACUUAUUACUUCAUUCAAUGUGUCAAUGCAUAAGACAAUUAAUAAAGAGUACUUUAUAUUGAAAAGAUAAGUUAAUGUAUCUGUUCAUGAAAUCUACAAGGAUUUUCACUGCUCCAUACUACUACUAUUACUACUACUA